UGUGUAAAAGGUAUUUUUUAUUGCAGAAACAAAUCAUUAAAAUGUUCAAUUUGAUUAGUUACGCUUUCGUCAUUUUAAUUUUAUUUAAGCAAUGUAUUCGCCUUUAAGUACCGCAGCUAAAGUUUGGAACGAAUCAGAUUCCCUUUUGUUGAGAAGGAGCUGUCAUGGUAACACGAAGACAACACAGUUAUUCUCCCGACACGACGCAUUAUAUAAAAUAAAUAAAAAUAUUAGAUAAAUUAGUUUUUAUACCAGUAAGGCAUGAGGACCCAAAGGUAAUAAAGAUUUUAAGCAUGUUUGUUUUCUAAAAAGUUUGUUUCACCUGUUACUUUGGCUAGUUGGCAGAACGAACCUGUUUAUUAAUUGAAGGAUCAAAUGACGGUUUGCCAGCCUGUCUGGUGAUUCAUUUGUCAAUAAUCAUAUCCAGUAGCCACAAACGAGACAAAAUAACUGUUUCUGCAACAAGUAAAGGGCAUAAAGAAGAUGUUUCGUGAAUGAAUAGGUUCCAGAAAUGGAGAAAUAUGAUAAUGUACUGAAUCUUGGCAGAGGAGGAGCGGGCGUUGUAAUGUUGAUGAAACAUGUUGAUACAAAGAAAUUAUAUGCAGUCAAGAGAAUUCAUGUGGACAGUUCCCGAAAAACAAAGUCCAAAGAUGUUGUGUUGCAAGAGGCAGACAUUCUCAGAAGCUUGAAGCAUCCUCAUAUUAUAACAUGGAUUGACACAUUUUUUGACCCAACUAAUGAUUAUAUUUACAUUGUGAUGGAUUAUUGUGACGGUGGAACGUUGGAUGACCACAUUAAAGAACAGAAGAGUGGGGAAUACUUUGAAGAAAGCAAAAUUAUGAACUGGUUUGUGCAAGUUGUCAUGGCCGUCAGUUAUAUCCACUGCGAAAAGAUCCUUCACAGAGAUAUCAAGCCAUCCAAUGUGCUGUUAACCAAGAGAGGUGUGAUUAAACUUGGGGAUUUUGGAAUAUCAAAGAUUAUGAACCACACGCUGGAUAUGGCCUCCACCUGUGUGGGAACCCCCAGUUAUCUGAGCCCUGAACUCUGUCAGGAUGUCCCAUACAGCAUCAAAUCUGACAUAUGGGCUGUUGGCUGCCUACUAUAUGAGCUUUGUGCCCUCAGACCAGCUUUUGAAGCUAAAAAUCUCCUAAAUCUGUUUUACAAGAUCAUAAAAGCGGAGUACAUCAAGGUCCCCGAGAGGUAUUCAGAGGACAUCCAUACAUUAAUCGGGAAAAUGCUGUGCGCGGUUCCUGAAAACAGACCGAGUGCGAGCGGCAUACUUAGUAUGACAUACGUGCAGGUACAUCUGGGAAACUUCAUCGAACACCAGGAGAAAGAACUUGCAAAGGGGAAUGCUGAAUGCAGACCUCAAACAAAAGAAGACUUUAACAUAGAAAACACAUCUAUGGAAAGCAGAACAGAUAGUGCCUCAGCUGUCUCUGACAAGACACUGCAAAUCGAGACGUCACUCACUGCUGAGGAUGAAGUGGCCCAUGAGGGAACAGAGUCUGAUUAUUCAGAGGACUUUGAUGAACAUGAUAGCUAUGUGUCCUCCGAGGAUGUUUCGAGAGAAGAUGUCUCCUCCAGCCUUCCCAAUGUGGUUGAAGAGGCAUUUGAGGAAUCUAACGUUGUGCCUGAUGAUGAGGACAUCUCUGACUAUCCAGAUGACUUUGAAGAAGCUGAGGAUGAUGACCUGGCUGAGGUAGUCUGCUACGCCAGAGAUGCCAUGAGCUGUGUUUCAGAGAUUGAUGUGGAACUGGAGCUCAAAGAUGCAGGCGGUUUCUCUGUCACAAUGAAACUGUUAAAAGAGAAAUAUAUGGUUAUAGAGGAUGUCGGAGCCUCAGUCUAUGAGGAAAUCAGUGAGCACUUUCUGAAUGGCCUCACGCCAGGAGAUCUGCAGCCACAGUUCCAGCACAUGAUCGGAACAGACCAUCUGGAGACCUGCUACCUCAUUUUCAACCUUGACCAAGAAACAACAUGCUGAAUCAUGCCUGUCCUAUUAGGGAAAUUCAUUUUUCUUCUUUUAACAGUCAGUGCUGACAUAAUGAUGAACUUAAGCAAAUGCUGAAAUUCUAUAUUAAAUACAGAAUUUUGUAAUAUAUGUAAUGAAUUCUAACUAAUAUUAUAAAAUACUGUGAUUUUAUAGAUAUUUGUCUUUAAGAUUUUUUUUUAAACCAAGCAUUCAAUGCUCUUUUGAAAGUGUUACCUAGUAUAACCAGUAGGUGGCACUCUAUAGUAAGAAAAAUGUGGUGUUACAUACCAAUCCAGAAAAUGAACGCAUAAUAGUUUCUCAUCUUGGCAUUAUCAGUCACUUCACAGGACUGAAGGAAUUCAUUAUAUCAAGGGCACCCAGCUGACUACUUUUUGAAAGAUUUAACACAUUUCAUACAUUCUUAUUUAUAAAAAUGAUCUCUCAACAUGUCCAUUAAACAAUGGUUGUAAAUGUAAAAGCAGUGGAGACUAUCAUGUGAACAUUUCCUCCUGUUCUUUCACUCCACUACUGAAAUGUAAAAGAGACUCUGAUUCUGUAAAUUUAUGGGUCACAGCUGCAGUUGUUUUCCAUUUAGGCGUUUUCCCUUAAACUUGUCCAGAUUCUUCCAGGGAAUAGUCAGUGCGAUAGAGAAACUGCCAUGUCUAACUGUAUAAAUGGCCCAGUAUUAUAUGUUAUUUAAUAAUGUUCACAAUCUGCCUCCAGAGGAAAGUGUGUUAUCAAUAGGAGAUACAUCUCCUCACAGAAUGUUUCUUUUAUUUUAAUUUGUCUGUUUUUAUAUCUUUAAACAUGAAAGAAGAAGAAAAAUGAUUUUAAUCAUAAAGUCCUAGCCAGGAAGGGGUGUGUGUGUGUGUGUGUGUGUCAUGAGACCUGAGAAUCCUCGUUCUUCAAAAAACCAAGUUCAUGUUGAUGUUAAAGCUAGUGUGCACUUUUAUAGAUUGAGUGGAGAAAACAACACUAGCUUAAAAAACUGUUUUUCACUUAGACUUAAGUAAUCCACUGUAAAGAAAACAAUUUUGAACAUUAAAAAUGUAAAGUCAUUCUCACAAAAUGCAUUUAUUUUUUACUAUGCUAUGUUCUGAAAGAUGUCUGAGGAGUCAUUCAGGAUAUACCUUUGAAAAUGCUCCAAAAGCCUGAUGGAUUGUCAUGUUUCUUUAUGUAUCCAUCUAUGCAUUUAGAAAAGUGCAUGAGAGACCAGAAUAGAUGAAAACAGGUCAAGACUACUUGUAGCAAUCACCUCAAUGCUUUGCCACUUUAAAACCGGUCAAUAUUUCAGCCAUAGUUACACGUUGAGCUUGGGCUUUGUACAAAGUUUGAUACAUUAUUGAUUGAUUUCUGCACUGCUCCACCCUUUAGCUCAGCUUGAAUUUUUUUGU